AUGGGUUCAUCGCGACCCCUGACACUUCAGCGGGCGGCUCAGUUUACAGACACGACGCUAUCCAUCGAUGCUGCAAACGAGCUAAACGUUCAACGAUAUGUCUCCGAUUCCGCUUUUAUCGAAGGUGAGAUCAUCUUUCUUUGCCGCACUCGCCACGUGCCUCACCUUCCGGAUGCCGAGCGUGACGAGUAUGGACUAGCGGGGCGCGACUUCUCGGAUUGGACGCGCGACACGGCUGCCAUCAUGUUCGAUGUGCGUCCCCCAGCGAUCUUCAUCGUUACCACAUCGGCGUUACUCAUCUCCUUAGCCGCGGACGGUGUUUCCCGGGAAUGGAUGGACCAGUUUACCCUCAUAAUUAGCGAUGAAACUUUUCAAAUUCCAGAACAGGCACUAGUUGGUCACUCAUAUCCAUAUCCAUAA